GGCGAGGACAGGCUAGACAGCUAUGGGGCCUACUUGAGCCUGAACGGAGACAUAUGACUGUCCUCACACUGGGUGCAGCAACUGAUUGAUAUCUGUGAUUCCUCCUUCCUGACUGGUCACACACGUGGAAUACACGCAAUGGCUAUAGAACCCUCUCUGCUUGAUGCAUGCACUACUCACCUGAAGACCUGCUUGAAGAACAUCCAUAAGGUGAUCCAGAAGGCCAAUGAAAUACUGUGCAGUAUCAGUCAACCAUCGGUGUGCAGCGAAGUGCUUCUGUCACCUCGAGGAGGAGAUUAUAUAUCAGGAGUAGUAGAAGUUUACAGGCUGUCAAAGCGCAUGGAAGGAGGGAUGAGAACACAAAACAUUGACUGUGAGCGAUUACGACUAAUCCUCAGGGACAUCGAGCUAUCAUGGAAUAAUUUGCAGGCCUUCCUGUCUAUUUCUCCAAGCUUAUUACAGACACUGCCCUCGUCAUCGGUUUUAGAUUAUGCAGCUCAAGGCGCAUUCUCUGACUCAAGACCAUGUCUUCAGAGUUGUUGUGGGGUUUGUUUGCUGGACAGACCAGUGGAGGAGCACCCAUCUGAAGUAAAUACCAGCAUGCUUAAUAUUGAAGGGCGUUCCUAUCACCCCAGUUGUGCCAACUUCUGGCUCCACUGUGUGGACCCUGCUCUACCAGUUCUGGCUUGUCACAGUAGCUGCUCUUCUUGUGUGAAACUAAAAAAGGAUGAGUUAUGACAACAUGAAGAUCUUAGGAUUUUAUGGACUCAAGAAUAAAAUAAUUUAUUAUACUUUCUUAAAAUUUUACAUAUUUUUAACAUAUGGAGCAAACAAGGCAUGUGCCUGCAAUGAAACUUCAAGGGGAACAUCUAAAAGGACAUCAAGAUAUAGUGCAGGAAUAGAACGUAUGUUCAGUUUGGUCCUGGCUAUUAUUUUAUGUGAUAUACGUGUGCAACAUAUACUUUAAUAAUUUAUAUCUUGACAUUUCCUUGAAACAUCGUGUGGGGGCCCAUGGGCUGGGACCCUUACAAGUCACAAGAAUAAAGGGGCCACAAUAUCUUAGGCUACUUUCACACUAGCGUUUUUGCUGGAUCCGGCAGGGUUCAGCCAAAACGCUUCCGUUACUGAUAAUACAGCCAUCUG